AUGUCAACCGAAACAUAUUGUGCGAGUGCACUGCAUUCAGAUACCCUCGAUACUCUCACUCUAGCCAAGGAGGCCCAAAAUGCACUUCAACUGGCAACAAACUAUUCUAUCCAUCGUCAACAUGAGGAUGGCCAUUGGUGCGCAGAGCUGAAAUCAAAUGCCACCAUUACAGCGGAAUGUGUCAUGCUUCGCCAAUCCCUAGGUCUUGAUAUGGCGGAAGAUCGAGAUAAAUACAUCUUGUGGUUCUUGUCCGAACAGAACCCAGAUGGAUCAUGGUCAAUAGUACCAGGAGGGGAAGGCGAAAUCUCAACCUCAGUGGAAGCUUACUUCGCGCUGAAGAUACUCGGCCUCAAACCCGAUACAGCUGUCAUGCGAAAGGCCCGGAAUUUUAUCAUCUCAGCCGGUGGAAUCGCCGGAGUACGAAUCUUUACCCGCAUAUACCUAGCAACCUUCGGCCUUUUCCCAUGGAAUGCGGUCCCAGAGCUCCCGGCGGAGUUGAUCAUGAUGCCAAACGCGGCUGUGAUCAGCAUCUAUCGGCUCGCAUCGUGGGCACGCAGUACCCUUAUACCCCUUCUCAUCGUCUCGCACCAUCGUCCAAUAUACGCCCUGCCAAAUGGCAGAUCCGCGACAAAUGACUUCUUGGAUGAGAUAUGGGUAAAUGCGGCAGAGAAGGCCGUCCCAUAUGCGCCAUCCCUCUGGAGCAUGCUCAAGACCGACGUCGUGGCCACAGGCUUUGUUGUUCUAGAUAACAUCUUACACAUGCUUGGUGGGCUUCGCAGCUGUCCCACCCGUACAUAUGCGCGACGCAAAUGUAUCGAAUGGAUUCUCGAACAUCAAGAACCAGAAGGAGACUGGGCUGGGUUUAUUCCACCCAUGCAUGGCAGUGUCUUAGCUUUGUGUCUUGAGGGAUACACGCUGGAUGAUGACCCUGUCCGCAAAGGCUUGGAAUCCAUCGAGCGUUUAGCAUGGAACGAUGAGCGAGGAAAGAGGAUCCAAGCUUGCGCUUCCCCUGUUUGGGACACAAUUCUGACCACGAUCGGACUCAGUGACGCCGGCCUGGGUGCCCGCCACGCUUUCCACGCGAUGGAAUGGGUCAAGGAUCGUCAGUUGUGCGUACCAGAGGGUGACUGGCGAAUUUACAAGCCCAAUAUCACAGCGGGAGGAUUUAGCUUCGAGUAUAUCAAUCGAUGGUACCCGGAUGUGGAUGAUACAGCCGCUGCAAUAUUGGCCAUGAUCAAGCAGGAUCCAAAGCUUACCAGGUCAAUGUCUGCGAUUACCAAAGCAGCGGAGUGGAUCAUUGGCAUGCAGAACAAUGAUGGUGGAUGGGGUGCAUUCGACAUCCACAAUGAUCGACUGUUCCUGAAUAAGAUACCGUUCAGUGACAUGGACGCCCUCUGCGAUCCGUCCACGGCAGACGUCACAGGCCGGGUCCUCGAGGCAUUCGGACUUCUGUUACAGAGAAACGGCAAUCAGUUCACUCACCUUUCCAAAGAAAUCAGCAUGACUUGCGAUCGAGCAAUUGCGUACCUCCUACGCACACAAGAAGUUACCGGAUCCUGGUACGGCCGAUGGGGAGUGAAUUAUCUCUACGGCACCAGCAACGUGAUUUGUGGAUUGGCCUUCUUCUCCCAAGAGAGAGAAGUGCGGAAUGCCUUGGAUUUCGCAGUCUCAUGGCUGGGUUCCAGACAGAACCCGGAUGGUGGAUGGGGGGAGAGCGUGAUGUCGUACGCGAGUGUCCAUGUGGAAGGUCUCGGUCCAUCUCUCGCUUCUCAGACAGGUUGGGCUUUGAUGGCUUUAUUGUCUCACCCCCCGAGUGACUCCAGUGGAAAUAUGAUUGAAAGGGGAGUUCGAUAUCUCUUGCAAACGCAGACCCUUUCCGAUCGUCCCGAUGAAGCGUCAUGGCCGGAAACCGCAUACACAGGGACAGGGUUCCCAAAUCAUUUAUAUUUAGGGUAUUCGUUUUAUCCUCAUUACUUCCCAAUGAUGGCUCUGGGGCGAUAUGUGCGUACACAAGAUUGUUGA